UUCUGGGGUUCGAACACCUCACCAGCGUCUAUAAGUAGCGGUUGAAGGCCGCUAGAAAGCGGCCGUGAAGGGGCGUAGUCGAUACUUUGUGUCCCAAGGAUCCAGCGAGAGAGAGAGGAGGGGGGGGUAGCGUAGGGUUUUUUGUCACACCCAGGUAAAAUGGAGGACACCUUCCUUUUCACCUCUGAGUCUGUCAACGAGGGGCAUCCUGACAAGCUUUGUGACCAGAUCUCUGAUGCUGUGCUUGAUGCUUGCCUCGCCCAGGACCCAGACAGCAAGGUUGCCUGUGAGACCUGCACCAAGACCAACAUGGUCAUGGUCUUUGGUGAGAUUACCACCAAGGCCAAUGUUGACUAUGAAAAGAUUGUUCGUGACACCUGCCGGGCAAUUGGAUUCACCUCGGAUGAUGUUGGUCUUGAUGCUGAUGGCUGCAAGGUGCUUGUCAACAUUGAACAGCAGUCCCCUGACAUUGCCCAGGGUGUUCAUGGCCACUUCACGAAGCGCCCUGAGGAGAUUGGUGCUGGUGACCAGGGACACAUGUUUGGUUAUGCAACUGACGAGACCCCUGAGUUCAUGCCUCUCAGCCAUGUUCUGGCCACCAAGCUUGGUGCCCGCCUCACCGAGGUGCGGAAGAAUGGAACCUGCUCCUGGCUGAGGCCUGAUGGGAAGACCCAGGUGACCGUCGAGUACCGCAACGACAAUGGUGCCAUGGUUCCUGUCCGUGUCCACACUGUUCUCAUCUCCACCCAGCAUGAUGAGACUGUUACCAAUGAUGAGAUAGCUGCCGACCUCCAGGAGCAUGUCAUCAAGCCUGUCAUUCCUGAGCAGUUCCUCGAUGAGAAGACCAUCUUCCACCUAAACCCAUCUGGCCGAUUUGUGAUUGGUGGACCUCAUGGUGAUGCUGGGCUUACUGGCCGCAAGAUUAUCAUUGACACCUAUGGUGGCUGGGGAGCCCAUGGUGGUGGUGCCUUCUCAGGCAAGGACCCGACCAAGGUCGACCGCAGUGGUGCCUACAUUGUGAGGCAGGCGGCUAAGAGCAUUGUGGCCAAUGGGCUUGCCCGGCGUGCCCUUGUUCAGGUCUCCUAUGCCAUUGGUGUGCCAGAGCCUCUCUCCAUCUUUGUUGACACCUACGGUACUGGAAAGAUCCCUGAGAAGGAGAUCCUGAAGAUUGUCAAGGAGAACUUUGACUUCAGGCCUGGAAUGAUCACCCUUAACCUUGACCUGAAGAGGGGUGGCAGUGGCAGAUUCCUCAAGACGGCAGCUUAUGGACAUUUUGGCAGGGAUGACCCAGACUUCACUUGGGAGGUGGUCAAGCCCCUCAAGUGGGAGAAACCAGCUGCCUAGACCCAGCAAUCUUAAUCUUAUCUGGGUAGUCAUAAUAACUACUAAGAAUUGUUGCUGCUGCUGCUCUCUAUUUCUCUCUCUGUGCUACCUGUUUAUUACCCUUUUUUUUUUUGGGGUUGUGUUGCUCUUUUAUUCUUCAUCUUUUGUUCUUUCAAUAUAAUUUGGUCUUCGUCAUAAGUGGUGUUGAAGAGAAGGUUGAUUUGUGUGGUCUAAACCGUUGGGAUGCGUGGAAGAAGGCAAAAAUGAGCUCCUGGAGGUCAUUUGCUUUCUUAGGGCCAGCACUACGGUUCUAUAAAUGGAAAGAACUUCUGAUAUUCCCCUGGGAAAUUAAUCUGCCUUUGUGUUUUCAAGUUGAAUAAUUUCAUUUGAACAUUCAGGUA